AUGUCAACCACUACAACGUCUACGACAACGACAACGCCUACGACCACUACGACGCCCGCAAUAACUACAACAAUGCCUACGACCAAUACAAUGUCCACAACGACAACAACGCCUACGACCACUACAACACCUACAACAACUAUAACAACGCCUACGACCACUUCAAUGCCCACAACGACAACAACGCCAACGACCACUACAACACCCACAAUCACUACAACAACGCCUACGCCCACUACAACACCCACAACAACAACAACAACGCCUACGACCACUGCAACACCCACAACAACUACAACAACGCCUACGACCACUACAAUGCCCACAACGACAACAACGCCUACGACCACUACAACACCCACAACAACAAUACCUACGACCACUACUACACCUACAACAACUAUAACAACGCCUACAGCCACUUCACUGACCACAAUGACAACAACGCCUACGACCACUACAACACACUCAACCACUACAACAACGCCUACGACCACUACAAACCCUACAACGGCAACAACGCCUACGUCCGCUACAGCACCCACAACAACAACGCCUACGACCACUACAACAACAACAACAACGCCUACGACCACUACAAUACCCACAACGACAACAACGCCUACGACCACUACAGCACCCACAACAACGCCAACGACCACUACAAUGCCCACAACGAUAACAACACCUACGCCCACUACAGCACCUACAACAACAACGCCUACGGCCACUACAACACCCACAACAACUACAACAACGCCUACAACCACUACAAUGCUCACAACGACAACAACGCCUACGACCACAACAACAUCCACAACAACAACACCUACGACCACUACUACACAUACAACAACGCCUACGACCACUACAACACCCACAACUUCUACAACAAAGCCUACGACCACUACAAUGCCCACAACGACAACAACGCCUACGACAACUACAACACCCGCAACAACUUCAACAACCCCUACGACCACUACAAUGCCCACAACGACAACAACGCCUACGACCACUACAACACACACAAUCACUACAACAACGCCUAUGACCACUACAAUGCCCACAACGACAACAACGCGUACGACAACUACAACACCCACAACGACUACAACAACGCCUACGACCACUAUAAACCCUACAACGGCAACAACGCCUACGCCCACUACAGCACCCACAACAACGACAACAACGCCUACGACCACUACAAUACCCACAACAACUACAACAACGCCUACGACCACUACAACGCCCACAACGACAACAACGCCUACGACCACUACAACACCCGCAACAACAACAACAACACCUACGACCACUACUACACCUACAAAAACUAUAACAACGCCUACGACCACUUCAUUGCCCACAACGGUAACAACGCCUACGACCACUACAACACCCACAACCACUACAGCAACGCCUACGACUACUACAAACCCUACAACGGCAACAACGCAUACGCCCACUACAGCACCCACAACAACCACAACAACGCCUACGACCACUACAACCCCCACAACAAAUACAACAACGCCUACGACCAAUACAAUGCCCAUAAUGACAACAACACCCACAACAACUACAACAAUACCUACGACCAUUACAACACCCACAACACCUACAACAACGCCUACGACCACUAAAACGACCACAACGUCAAUAACUACUAUAACGCCUACAACAACAACAUCGUCUACGACCGCUACGACUACUACAGUCCUACAGGGCCAGUACGGCAGCUCAUGCACGACGAGUACUGAUUGUUCAAUGUCUGCCGGCACGUGUCUUUAUGACACGUGUUCGUGUCAAGCCGGCUACAGACACGACCCUUCAUCCGGUUCAUGUGUAACAGGCAUCUGGGUCCUUGGGGACUCUAUUCCGUAUUGGACUGGUGUGAGGGAAAAAGAGACUGGGAAACACAGGACGGCAUUUAUUUGA